GGCGGGGCCCGGGGGGGCGCUGCCGACACGCGGGACGCCGAGAUGCCGGCCACCGAGAAGGACCUGGCGGAGGACGCACCAUGGAAGAAGAUCCAGCAGAACACGUUCACGCGCUGGUGCAACGAGCACCUCAAGUGCGUGAGCAAGCGCAUCGCCAACCUGCAGACGGACCUAAGCGACGGGCUGCGGCUCAUCGCGCUGCUCGAGGUUCUCAGCCAGAAGAAGAUGCACCGCAAGCACAACCAGCGGCCCACCUUCCGCCAGAUGCAGCUCGAGAACGUGUCUGUGGCGCUCGAGUUCCUGGACCGCGAGAGCAUCAAGCUCGUGUCCAUCGACAGCAAGGCCAUUGUGGACGGAAACCUGAAGCUGAUUCUGGGCCUCAUCUGGACCCUGAUCCUGCACUACUCCAUCUCCAUGCCCAUGUGGGACGAGGAGGAGGAUGAGGAGGCCAAGAAGCAGACACCUAAGCAGCGGCUGCUGGGCUGGAUCCAGAACAAGCUUCCACAGCUGCCUAUCACCAACUUCAGCCGGGACUGGCAGAGUGGCCGGGCUCUGGGUGCCCUGGUUGAUAGCUGUGCCCCAGGCCUGUGUCCCGACUGGGACUCUUGGGACGCCAGCAAGCCCGUCAACAACGCCCGGGAAGCCAUGCAGCAGGCCGACGACUGGCUGGGCAUCCCUCAGGUGAUCACCCCUGAGGAGAUCGUGGACCCCAAUGUGGAUGAACACUCUGUCAUGACCUACCUGUCCCAGUUUCCCAAGGCCAAGCUGAAGCCAGGGGCUCCCCUUCGGCCCAAACUGAAUCCAAAGAAAGCCCGAGCCUAUGGGCCAGGCAUUGAGCCCAUGGGUAACAUGGUGAAGAAGCGGGCAGAAUUCACCGUGGAGACCAGGAGUGCCGGCCAGGGAGAGGUGCUGGUGUACGUGGAGGACCCAGCUGGACACCAGGAGGAGGCAAAGGUGACCGCCAAUAAUGACAAGAACCGUACCUUCUCUGUAUGGUAUAUUCCCGAGGUGACAGGGACUCAUAAGGUCACUGUACUCUUUGCUGGCCAACAUAUUGCCAAGAGCCCCUUUGAGGUGUACGUAGACAAAUCCCAGGGUGACGCCAGCAAAGUGACUGCCCAGGGCCCUGGCUUGGAGCCCAGCGGCAACAUUGCCAAUAAGACGACCUACUUUGAGAUCUUCACAGCAGGAGCUGGCACGGGUGAGGUGGAAGUUGUGAUCCAGGACCCUGCAGGACAGAAGGGCACUGUGGAGCCUCAGUUGGAGGCCCGGGGAGACAGCACGUAUCGCUGCAGCUACCAGCCCACCAUGGAGGGUGUCCACACAGUGCACGUCACCUUCGCUGGAGUGCCCAUCCCUCGUAGCCCCUACAGUGUCACUGUCGGCCAAGCCUGCAAUCCAGGUGCCUGCCGGGCUGUUGGCCGGGGCCUGCAGCCCAAAGGCGUGCGGGUGAAGGAGACAGCAGACUUCAAAGUAUACACCAAGGGUGCUGGCAGUGGAGAGCUGAAGGUCACCGUGAAGGGCCCCAAGGGUGAGGAGCGUGUGAAGCAGAAGGACCUGGGGGAUGGUGUGUAUGGCUUCGAGUACUACCCCAUGGUUCCUGGCACGUACACUGUCACUAUCACGUGGGGCGGCCAGAACAUCGGGCGCAGUCCCUUCGAGGUGAAGGUGGGCACUGAGUGUGGCAAUCAGAAGGUGCGGGCCUGGGGCCCUGGAUUGGAGGGCGGUGUCGUUGGCAAGUCAGCAGACUUUGUGGUCGAGGCCAUUGGGGACGACGUGGGCACCCUUGGCUUCUCGGUGGAGGGCCCAUCCCAGGCCAAGAUCGAAUGUGAUGACAAGGGUGAUGGCUCCUGUGACGUGCGCUACUGGCCCCAGGAGGCUGGCGAGUAUGCUGUCCAUGUGUUGUGCAACAGCGAAGACAUCCGCCUCAGCCCCUUCAUGGCUGACAUCCGUGACGCGCCCCAGGACUUCUACCCGGACAGGGUGAAGGCACGUGGGCCCGGAUUGGAGAAGACAGGCGUAGCUGUCAACAAGCCGGCAGAGUUCACGGUGGAUGCCAAACAUGGCGGGAAGGCCCCGCUCCGUGUCCAAGUGCAGGACAAUGAGGGCUGCCCUGUGGAGGCGUCCGUCAAGGACAACGGCAACGGUACUUACAGCUGCUCCUAUGUGCCCCGGAAGCCGGUGAAGCACACAGCCACAGUGUCCUGGGGUGGCGUCAGCAUCCCCAACAGCCCCUUUCGGGUGAAUGUGGGAGCUGGCAGCCACCCAAACAAAGUCAAAGUGUAUGGGCCAGGAGUAGCCAAGACAGGACUCAAGGCGCAUGAGCCCACCUACUUCACGGUAGACUGCACAGAGGCCGGCCAGGGGGAUGUCAGCAUUGGCAUCAAGUGUGCCCCAGGAGUGGUGGGCCCAGCUGAGGCUGAUAUCGACUUCGACAUCAUCCGCAAUGACAAUGACACCUUCACAGUCAAGUACACACCCCGUGGGGCUGGCAGCUAUACCAUCAUGGUCCUCUUCGCUGACCAGGCCACACCCACCAGCCCCAUCCGGGUCAAGGUGGAGCCCUCCCAUGACGCCAGCAAGGUGAAAGCCGAGGGCCCUGGCCUCAGUCGCACCGGUAUCGAGCUUGGCAAGCCCACCCACUUCACGGUCAAUGCCAAGGCUGCUGGCAAAGGCAAGCUGGAUGUCCAGUUCUCAGGGCUAGCCAAGGGGGAUGCGGUACGAGACGUGGACAUCAUCGACCACCAUGAUAACACCUACACGGUCAAGUACACUCCUGUGCAGCAGGGCCCAGUAGGUGUCAGUGUCACUUAUGGAGGGGAUCCCAUCCCGAAGAGCCCUUUCUCAGUGGGAGUGUCUCCAAGUCUGGACCUCAGCAAGAUCAAGGUGUCUGGCCUAGGAGAGAAGGUAGAUGUUGGCAAAGACCAGGAGUUCACGGUCAAGUCAAAGGGCGCCGGUGGCCAAGGCAAAGUGGCGUCCAAGAUCAUGGGUCCCUCGGGCAAUGCAGUGCCCUGCAAGGUGGAGCCAGGCCUGGGCAGUGACAACAGUGUGGUGCGCUUUGUGCCCCGCGAAGAGGGGCCCUAUGAGGUGGAGGUGACCUACGAUGGCGUACCUGUGCCUGGUAGCCCCUUUCCUCUGGAAGCCGUGGCCCCCACUAAGCCUGGCAAGGUAAAGGCUUUUGGGCCAGGCCUGCAGGGAGGCAGUGCAGGCUCCCCUGCCCGCUUCACCAUCGACACCAAGGGCGCUGGCACAGGUGGCCUGGGUCUGACGGUGGAGGGCCCCUGCGAAGCACAGCUCGAGUGUCUAGACAAUGGGGAUGGCACCUGCUCUGUGUCCUACGUGCCCACUGAGCCUGGGGACUACAACAUCAACAUCCUAUUUGCAGACACCCACAUCCCUGGCUCCCCAUUCAAGGCCCAUGUGGUUCCCUGCUUUGAUGCAUCCAAGGUCAAGUGCUCAGGCCCUGGGUUAGAGCGGGCCACUGCAGGCGAGGUGGGUCAGUUCCAGGUGGACUGUUCAAGUGCAGGCAACGCAGAGCUAACCAUUGAGAUCUGCUCUGAGGCUGGGCUGCCAGCCGAGGUGUACAUCCAGGACCACGGUGACGGCACACACACCAUCACCUACGUUCCCCUCUGCCCUGGAGCCUACACGGUCACCAUCAAGUAUGGUGGCCAGCCUGUGCCCAACUUCCCCAGCAAGCUGCAGGUGGAACCUGCGGUAGACACCUCCGGCGUCCAGUGCUACGGGCCUGGCAUUGAGGGUCAAGGUGUCUUCCGGGAAGCCACCACUGAGUUCAAUGUGGACGCCCGGGCUCUGACUCAGACCGGAGGGCCACAUGUAAAGGCUCGUGUGGCCAACCCCUCAGGCAACCUGACUGAGACCUAUGUGCAGGACUGUGGUGAUGGCACGUACAAAGUGGAGUACACGCCAUAUGAAGAGGGACUGCACUCGGUGGAUGUGACCUACGAUGGUAGCCCUGUGCCCAGCAGCCCUUUCCAGGUGCCCGUGACUGAGGGCUGUGACCCCUCCCGGGUGCGUGUCCAUGGGCCAGGCAUCCAAAGUGGCACCACCAACAAGCCCAACAAGUUUACUGUGGAGACCAGGGGAGCUGGCACAGGGGGCCUGGGCCUGGCUGUCGAGGGCCCCUCCGAGGCCAAGAUGUCCUGCAUGGAUAACAAGGACGGCAGCUGUUCAGUCGAGUACAUACCCUAUGAGGCCGGCACCUACAGCCUUAAUGUCACCUAUGGGGGCCAUCAGGUGCCAGGCAGUCCCUUCAAGGUCCCUGUGCACGAUGUGACAGACGCAUCCAAGGUCAAGUGCUCUGGGCCUGGUCUGAGCCCAGGCAUGGUCCGUGCCAACCUCCCUCAGUCCUUCCAGGUGGAUACAAGCAAGGCUGGUGUGGCUCCGCUGCAGGUCAAAGUGCAGGGGCCCAAAGGCCUAGUGGAGCCAGUGGACGUGGUGGACAAUGCCGAUGGCACCCAGACCGUCAACUACGUGCCCAGCCGAGAGGGUCCUUACAGCAUCUCAGUGCUGUACGGAGAUGAAGAGGUGCCUCGGAGCCCCUUCAAGGUCAAGGUGCUACCUACACAUGAUGCCAGCAAAGUGAAGGCCAGCGGUCCUGGGCUCAACACCACUGGUGUGCCUGCCAGCCUACCCGUGGAGUUCACCAUUGAUGCAAAGGAUGCCGGGGAGGGCCUGCUGGCUGUCCAGAUCACAGACCCUGAAGGCAAGCCCAAGAAGACACACAUUCAGGACAACCACGACGGCACAUACACAGUGGCCUAUGUGCCAGAUGUAACAGGUCGCUACACCAUCCUCAUCAAGUAUGGCGGUGACGAGAUCCCCUUCUCACCAUACCGUGUCCGGGCUGUGCCCACUGGGGAUGCCAGCAAGUGCACGGUGACAGGUGCUGGCAUCGGCCCCACCAUCCAGAUUGGGGAGGAAACUGUCAUCACUGUGGACACGAAGGCGGCAGGCAAAGGCAAGGUGACUUGCACCGUGUGCACCCCCGAUGGCUCCGAGGUAGACGUAGAUGUGGUGGAGAACGAGGACGGCACCUUUGACAUCUUCUACACAGCCCCCCAGCCGGGCAAAUAUGUCAUCUGUGUGCGCUUUGGCGGCGAGCACGUGCCCAACAGCCCCUUCCAAGUGACGAAGGGUGAGAUCACUGCCCUCGGCGCAGCCCCCGCCCCAGAGAGGCCCCUGGUAGGUGUCAAUGGGCUGGAUGUGACCAGCCUGAGGCCCUUUGACCUGGUUAUUCCCUUCACCAUAAAGAAGGGUGAGAUCACUGGAGAGGUUCGGAUGCCCUCAGGCAAGGUGGCACAGCCUGCCAUCACGGACAACAAGGACGGCACCGUGACUGUGCGCUAUGCACCCAGCGAAGCUGGCCUGCACGAGAUGGACAUCCGCUAUGACAAUAUGCACAUCCCAGGAAGCCCCUUGCAGUUCUAUGUGGAUUAUGUCAACUGUGGCCAUGUCACCGCCUAUGGGCCUGGCCUCACUCAUGGAGUGGUCAACAAGCCUGCCACCUUCACUGUCAACACCAAGGAUGCAGGAGGGGGCUUGUCACUGGCCAUUGAGGGCCCAUCCAAAGCUGAAAUCAGCUGCACUGACAACCAGGAUGGGACAUGCAGUGUCUCCUACCUGCCCGUGCUGCCUGGAGACUACAGCAUCCUGGUCAAGUACAAUGAGCAGCACAUCCCAGGCAGCCCUUUCACUGCCAGGGUCACAGGUGAUGACUCGAUGCGGAUGUCCCACUUGAAGGUGGGCUCUGCUGCCGACAUCCCCAUCAACAUCUCAGAGACAGACCUCAGCCUGCUGACAGCCACUGUGGUGCCACCCUCGGGCCGAGAGGAGCCCUGUCUGCUGAAGCGGUUGCGUAACGGACACGUGGGGAUUUCGUUCGUGCCCAAGGAAACAGGGGAGCACCUGGUACAUGUGAAGAAGAAUGGCCAACAUGUGGCAAGCAGCCCCAUCCCUGUGGUGAUCAGCCAGUCAGAGAUCGGGGAUGCGAGCCGCGUGCGGGUCUCAGGCCAGGGCCUCCAUGAAGGCCACACCUUUGAACCUGCAGAGUUUAUCAUUGAUACCCGAGAUGCAGGGUAUGGUGGACUCAGCCUGUCCAUUGAGGGUCCCAGCAAGGUUGACAUCAACACAGAGGACCUGGAGGAUGGCACGUGCAGGGUUACCUACUGCCCCACAGAGCCAGGCAACUACAUCAUCAACAUUAAGUUUGCUGACCAGCAUGUCCCUGGUAGCCCCUUCUCUGUGAAGGUGACGGGUGAGGGCCGAGUCAAAGAGAGCAUCACACGCAGGCGACGGGCCCCUUCAGUGGCCAACGUUGGCAGUCAUUGUGACCUCAGCCUGAAGAUCCCUGAAAUUAGCAUCCAGGACAUGACAGCACAGGUGACCAGCCCCUCAGGCAAGAGCCAUGAAGCCGAGAUUGUGGAAGGGGAGAACCACACCUAUUGCAUCCGCUUUGUGCCCGCUGAGAUGGGCACACACACGGUCAGCGUCAAGUACAAGGGCCAACACGUGCCUGGGAGCCCCUUCCAGUUCACUGUGGGGCCCCUGGGGGAAGGGGGCGCCCACAAGGUCCGCGCUGGGGGCCCUGGCCUGGAGAGGGCUGAAGCUGGUGUGCCAGCUGAAUUCAGCAUCUGGACCAGAGAAGCUGGUGCUGGUGGCUUGGCCAUUGCUGUUGAGGGCCCCAGCAAAGCUGAGAUCUCCUUCGAGGACCGCAAGGAUGGCUCCUGUGGUGUGGCCUAUGUGGUCCAGGAGCCAGGUUACUACGAGGUCUCAGUCAAAUUCAACGAGGAGCACAUCCCUGACAGCCCCUUCGUGGUGCCUGUGGCUUCUCCGUCUGGCGAUGCCUGCCGCCUUACUGUUUCUAGUCUUCAGGAGUCAGGGCUAAAGGUCAACCAGCCAGCCUCUUUUGCAGUCAGCCUGAACGGGGCCAAAGGGGCGAUCGAUGCCAAGGUACACAGCCCCUCAGGAGCCCUGGAGGAGUGCUAUGUCACAGAGAUUGACCAAGAUAAAUAUGCUGUACGCUUCAUUCCACGGGAGAAUGGCGUCUACCUGAUUGACGUCAAGUUCAAUGGCACACACAUCCCAGGGAGCCCCUUCAAGAUCCGAGUUGGGGAGCCUGGGCAUGGAGGAGACCCAGGCCUGGUAUCUGCCUAUGGAGCAGGCCUGGAAGGCGGCAUCACGGGGAGCCCAGCGGAGUUCAUUGUGAACACAAGCAAUGCAGGCGCCGGUGCCCUGUCAGUGACCAUCGAUGGCCCCUCCAAGGUGAAGAUGGACUGCCAGGAGUGCCCAGAGGGCUACCGUGUCACCUAUACCCCCAUGGCACCUGGCAGCUACCUCAUUUCCAUCAAGUAUGGUGGCCCCUACCACAUUGGGGGCAGCCCUUUCAAGGCCAAAGUCACAGGCCCCCGUCUCGUCAGCAACCACAGCCUCCAUGAAACGUCAUCGGUGUUUGUGGACUCCCUUACCAAGGCUGCUGGUGCUCCCCCGCAUGGGACCCUAGGCCCAAGUCCUGCCGAUGCCAGCAAGGUGGUGGCCAAGGGCUUGGGGCUGAGCAAGGCCUAUUCAGGCCAGAAGAGCAGCUUCACAGUUGACUGCAGCAAAGCAGGUAACAACAUGCUGCUGGUCGGAGUCCACGGCCCCAGGACACCAUGUGAGGAGACCCUGGUGAAGCAUGUGGGCAGCCGGCUCUACAGUGUCUCCUACCUGCUGAAGGACAAGGGGGAGUACACGCUUGUGGUCAAGUGGGGUGACGAGCACAUCCCGGGCAGCACCUACCGUGUUGUGGUGCCCUGAAUCUGGUGCCCAUACCAGCUGCUCCCAUGAUGAAAAGUGCCCCCACACCUGCCCCACUACCCAAGCAGCCCCCCCCUCCGCCCUGGCCCCCCCGGCCUGCCCCACCCCCCUGUCUUUGCGGCCCCCCUCGCCCUGUGCCCUGCUCACCUGCCUCCUCCAGCCAGCCGCCAGCCUCUGGGCUUUCACUGGGGCUGGGGGAGUGACUGGGUGGCACUGCCUGUCUCCUGGGAGGGGCGAGGGUGGGGGUCCUGCACAACCACCUGCUCGUUCUCUUCCCCAGCUGAGAGGAAUAAAGUUUUGCUUCCAUUC